AAGCUGAAUCUGCCUGUUCCAUCAUCAGUAAACCCAUGAAGUCCAGUCAUCCAGGUUAAACAGUUUGUCUUGUGUGAUUUCCAGUUCGUCAUGAUAAUACGUUUUGAAUGAAAUAAUUUUCUGUACGGGAGCCGACGACGUUUCUUAUCCGUGUGUCUAAAAGACAAACUAAUGGACAACGGGGCAACUUCACUUCAGGAAUAUUGGACAAGCAUGAAAUCGCUGUACCUAAUAAAGUGGCCGCUGAGUAGGAUGCGAGUGUCUCACUCUGACUCUCAUUUGUCUCCAGAGUCUCUCAGGAGACGGAGACACUGAGGACAUGAACGGAGCGACGGAGGAACCGAGAGGAGACGACUCUCAGCAGCUUCAGGAAGAAGAAAGCGUCCCGGACUCCGGGCGCCUCCCUGCCUCUAAACGCCGUCACAUCUGCUCAGUUUGCAGCCGGGAGUUUUCCCGUCCGUCCCGACUCGCCGAUCACAUGACCACGCACUCUGGCGCCAGACCCCACGGCUGCCCUGUAUGCGGCAAACGCUUCGCCAAGAAGGUCAUCAUGGUCGUCCAUCAGCGCAUCCACACCGGUGAGAGACCGUACUCCUGCUCCGAGUGCGGGGCCAGCUACGCCCAGCUGGGCUGCCUGCGGAGGCACCAGCUCCGUCACGCCUCGGAGAAACCGCACCACUGCUCCGUGUGCGGCCGAGGAUUCAUCCAGCGCCGAUACCUGGUGCAGCACGAGCGGACGCACACCGGAGAGCGGCCUUUCUCCUGCGCGCUGUGUCCCAAACGCUUCAUCUCCAGGUCCGGACUCACCGACCACCAGAAAACACACUCGGACCAGAACCUGCGGCCCUGCUCGCUCUGCGGGAAGGUCUUCUCCACGGCCUCGUCCUUCAGGGAUCACGUCAGGCUCCACACGGGACAGAAACUCCACCCCUGCUCCUUGUGCGGGAAAAGCUUCAACCGGCCGGGUUUGCUGAGGAAACACCUGCAGAAACACGAGGCCGGAGCUGAAGGACUCGUCGGUCAGAGCCACGAACGUUUCUCCGCCCCUGAAAAGUUCUCCUGCGACGUCUGCGGCCGGGAAUUCAGACGAGCGUCCAACCUGAAGGAGCAUCUGAGGUGUCACACCGGGGAGAAGCCGUUCCAGUGCGACGUCUGCAAGAAAAGAUUCACCAGGCAGAGAGUGUUCAAGAAGCACCAGGAGAUCCACAGCCGGCGGGGCCACAGCGUCGCCAUGGCUACACACCAGCUGAAACCAGAGGAGUCUGGAAACCUGGUGGCAACGGUGCGUUCACUGACCGACCAGAGUCUGUGUGACGAGGCAGAGAAACAUCGCUGCUCGUUGUGUGGGAAGACGUUCUCCGCCCUCACCAGCCUCCGCCUGCACCAGAAGAUCCACGUGGCCGACAGACCUCACGGCUGCAGCGUCUGCCCCAGGAGCUUCCUGAAACCCUGUCUCCUCCGCAAACACAUGAGGAUCCACAUCAGGGAGGGGCUCAUCUCAGCCCCCGCAGACAAGGAGUUCUGGUCCAGCAGGAACACUGAGGAGAAGGAUGAGGAGGAGUCGGGACGUGUUGCUGCUGCAUCUAGUGGUAACCGUGACAACCAGGAUGGUUUAUCGUCGCUGCUGAAUGAGGAGGAGGAGAAAGACAACGACGAAGAGCGUAAGGAAGGAGGCGUCAGUGGUUUGAUCAACUCUGACGGGGAAGAGGAGGAAUGGAGGACGACACUCGCUGCAGGCGUCCGUUCAGACCUGGAGGCCGAGGGCUCCGGUAAAUCCAGGCACUGUUGUCCAGUCUGCGGUCGGGACUGUUUCAAGGCGUCGGCGCUGCAGAAGCACCUGAGGAUCCACUCGGGCGAGCGUCCCUUCCAGUGCCCCACCUGCAGCAAGAGCUUCACCCAGCUGGUCCACAUGACAGAGCACCAGAGGAUCCACACCGGGGAGAAACCCUACACCUGCACCGAGUGCGGCAAGAGCUUCACCUUCUCCAGCGCCCUGCGUCGACACCGGCGUCUCCACGGCGACGCCCGGCCGCACCAGUGCCCCGUCUGCAGCAAGACCUUCAGACAGCACAGCUCCCUGAAGAGCCACCAGCUGACCCACUCGGCCGUCCGCUACCAGUGUCCCGUCUGCAGCCGGAGCUUCAGCCGGGCCCUGGAGCUCACCUACCACGUAGAGGGACACUCGGACGCCCGGCCCUACUUCUGCCACAUCUGCAGGAAGAACCUGAGCGGAGCCGGGGCCUUCAGGGACCACAUGAAGGGACACGAGUCGGCCAAGUCGCCGAGAGGCAGCGAUGUCUCAGGGGACGAAAACCAGGGGGACAGGACCUUCACGGGUCCUUCAUGACGCUUCACAUCUAAAGGUUCAGUCCACAGGUGUCAAACUCUGACCCAAAGUGUCACAGUUAUAUAGAAAAUGAGUUCUGAUCCUAAUGUCUCCACAGGACGAGACGGGGGACACGUCCUUCUAGAGAGAUUAUUUAUUUAUUUAUUUAUUUAAAGGAUAUUUUGUUAAGUGUAAAUUCUCCUAAUUUACUUUUUCCUCUUUGCUCUAAAACAAAUAGAAAUAAUCUGGAGUUGUUGUUCGUGCUGUGUUGUGUUACAGGUCUGAGUGAAACUAAACCCCUGGUUUAGUGAAAUAAAUCAGGACGAGAUCCACAACCAUCAGGCCCAUGUUCUUGGACCUGGUCUCUGUGGACCUGGUCUCUGGUCUCUGUGGACCUGGUCUCUAACAUUUCUAAGAACAUGUAAAGGAACCAUGACGACUCCAAAGACAAAAAAGAAACUUAAGAGUUUUUUUUUUUUUUUUUUUUUGACAGAUUAAAACUGGACCUGAUGUUUCAUUUAAAGUUUAAAUCUGAUGUUUUUGUUUCCUCCAUUAAACCUUUAACAGUAAGAACGAGGUUGUUGGUGUGUGAAGCUCUGGAACCGAUGCUUUGCUCAUGGACACCGUGUCUGCAGCUACAGAGAAGCUAAAGAGAGUCAAUAAAAGCUGCAGAGUGCUCUGGUUCUUCUCCGGUUCUGGUUCUUCUCCGGUUCUGGUUCUUCUCCGGUUCUGGUUCUUCUCCGGUUCUGGUCUUGAAUCUGAACGUUAACAAACAGGUUCCUGAUGAACACGUGAAAU